UGCGCAGAACUCCCACGUGGGUGCGAGAGCCCAGUCGAACCGACGACCGCUCCCCUCCAACUUUUCCGGCGGCCGCCACCGCCGCCGCCGCCGACGAUUCCUCUCACCGCUGAUUGCCAACUACAGCGGUCAGUCCGGCGGGUUCUAUAGACCGGACGAGCAUCGGCCGCAAUCAUGAGUACCGCCGGCCUGGCGCUGAACCGCCGCACGCGCAGCCGGCCGCCGUCGGUGGCCUCCUCCCAGAUGUCCGAUGAUCCCGCCAGCGCCACGGCCGCGGCCGCCGCCGCUAUCUCCAACGGAGAAGGCACGGCCUCCCCCUGCCACGUCGGAGGAGAGAGGACGGUGAAGAAGCUGCGUCUGUCCAAGGCUCUGACGAUGCCGGAGGGGACGACGGUGGCGGAGGCGUGCCGACGGAUGGCGGCGAGGCGGGUGGACGCCCUGCUGCUCACGGACGCCAACGGCUUACUCUCCGGCAUCGUCACCGAUAAAGACAUAGCUACAAGGGUGAUUUCAGAGGGGCUGCGGGUUGAGCAAACAAUCAUCUCCAAGAUCAUGACACGGACCCCUGUUUAUGUCAUGUCUGACACACUUGCUAUCGAGGCCCUGCAGAAAAUGGUCCAAGGAAAAUUCAGGCACCUCCCAGUGGUGGAAAAUGGUGAGGUCAUUGCCAUGCUGGACAUUGCAAAAUGCCUCUAUGAUGCAAUAUCAAGAUUUGAAAAGGCAUCAGAACAGGGAAGUGCGUUAGCAGCUGCUGUAGAAGGGGUUGAGCGUCAAUUGGGAGGCGACUUAUCAGCUCAUUCCACUUUAAUAGAAACUCUAAGAGAAAGGAUGUUUAAACCGUCAUUGUCAACCAUUAUCUCGGAGAACACAAAGGUGGCAACUGUUUCACCAUCGGAUCCAGUCUAUGUAGCAGCUAAAAAAAUGCGUGAAUUACGAGUUAACUCAGUGGUUAUCACAACAGGAAAUUCAUUGCAAGGGAUAUUUACUUCAAAGGAUGUGCUAAUGCGUGUUGUGGCACAAAAUCUCUCUCCUGAAUUAACUCAUGUAGAAAAGGUAAUGACUGCACACCCUGACUGUGCUACAUUAGACACAUCAAUUCUUGAUGCGCUGCAUAUUAUGCACGAUGGAAAAUUCUUGCAUAUUCCUGUUGUUGAUGGAGAAGGGAGAGUUACUGCUUGCUUGGAUGUUCUGCAGCUUACCCAUGCAGCCAUUUCAAUGUUUGAAGGGGGUCCUGGGGCUGCAAAUGAUGUCGCAAAUACAAUAAUGCAGAAGUUUUGGGACUCAGCUCUUGCUUUCGAGCCCCCAGAGGAGGAAUUUGAUAGUCACAGUGAAAUAUCUUUGGUGAUGCCAUCAGAGGUUGGAGAUGGCAAGAGCAGCAUUUAUCCUCCUGUUGUUGGCAAUUCAUUUGUAUUUAAACUUCAGGACCAGAAGGGGCAAAUGCAUAGAUUUACAUGUGGUUCAGAUAGUUUAAAUGAGCUUGUGUCUUCUGUAGUGCAAAGAUUAGGCAUUGAUGGCGAAAAGGGCACAGUUCAACUUUUGUACGAUGAUGAUGAAGGUGAUCGGGUGCUGGUCACUACAGAUGCUGAUCUUACCGGUGCUGUGCUCCAUGCCAAAUCAUCUGGAUUGAAGGCCUUGAGGCUGUACAUUGAUGAGCCAAGUUCUAGUCCUGACCCCCGCGAAAAAAGUUCUAGUUCUGAAGUGACAAAGCAACCUCCAGAGCUGACAACUUCACACAGAAUUGAAUUGAACCCUGUUCAUUAUGGCCUGAUGGCCGGUGCAAUUGUUCUAACAGGCAUUGCAGUGAUGAUUUACUUGAAACGCUCGAAAGUGUGAUUCUCUGAGGGAUAACCACUACACAUUUGGCUCUCUGUCAAAUAUCAAUGGCAGGACUACACUGCUUAGCUUAUCAAACGAGUAUAAGAGUGAAGAAACAGAUGGACAUCGACGAUAAACUGCGCGCAUGCAGUUAAGGACCUAAAAGCAAUCAGCUGAAGGUCUCAAGUUUUUGGUGGGACUGAGCUCUUAACAAAUAUGGUAUUUCUCCAUUUCUUUGCAUGCAGAUUUUGUCACGGUUGUAGUGAAAUGCAUGCUGUUCAUAUUUGCUAGAUAUGAGUUCCUGGUCACCACGAAUCUAGCGGGUGUCUUACCCUGAUAGAAUCCAAGAAGUGUUAUGGAGAAUACAACAAUGUAUAAUCAUUCAUUAUUAAUGUGAGAAAGAAUGAAUAUAUGUGUCUCCUUUUUUUGAUGUCUUCGUCUGUAAGAGCCUGGAACUGAGUAUAUGCAUGAUGUGGCUGAUAAGAUCGUUUAAUUAGGAUUUGAUGCUGCAAAAUUUAGAUCAUGGAAAUAUCUU